ACGUGAUUAACCGUCUUUGUCGUCUUUAUCCUUGCGAUGAUGUCGAUGGACUGCCAUGGAUUUAUAUCUCUUUGAAAACACGAUGUUGGACUUCCAUGGCUUUGUCUCCUUCCGCUUCCUUCACAUGAAUUGCAGGUGCUUUAUUUCUUCUCUUAGAUUUUGUUCAAUGAUAUUUGUUUCUCUGUGAACUUUGAACGCCAACAAGCCCUAAUCAAAAUGUCAAUUUCGUUUUCUAAUAAGCUCUUCACUCGACCGCCUCUCUUUUCCACGAAACUUGAGCCCGCCACAGAUUAUAAGCGCAGCAGCUCUGUAGUCAAAUGCAAAAAACAUGAAUUUAGAGAGCGAAACCUUAAGAAUCUGCAAAGUGUUAAGGUUUCUACUGAAAAUAGAAAUGCCCUAAUACAGUUACUUGAUUCCAAAGAAAUUGAUAUUAGGAGAAGGCUAAAUAGGUCUUGUGGAGCAGGGAAGUAUGAAGAAACUCUGUAUCUUCUUCAGUAUAUGGUAAAGAUUGGGUACAAACCAGAUGUGGUUCUGUGUACCAAACUCAUUAAGGGGCUUUUUAGUGUAAAAAAGGCAGAAAAAGCAGUGAAAGUGAUGCAGCUUCUGGAGCAAUUUGGAGAGCCAAAUGUGCUUGCAUAUACUGCUUUAAUCGGUGGAUUCUGUAAAACGAACAGGGUUGAGGCAGCUAACGGGGUGUUGAAUAGGAUGAGAAGCCGAGGUUUUUUCCCUGAUGUUGUUACCUAUAAUAUAAUGAUAGGGAGUAUUUGUGAUAGGGGGAAGCUAGGAUUAGCUUUGAAGGUUUUGGAUCAGAUGAAGGAAGACAACAAUUGUAAACCGGAUGUUGUGACAUACACGGUCUUGAUAGAGGCUACGAUCGUUAAAGAUGGGAUUAGCGAAGCAAUGAAGCUUGUAGAUGAGAUGUUAUCAAGAGGACUUGAACCGAAUAUAUACACUUAUAACGCAAUCCUUAAAGGAUUGUGUAGAGAGGGCAUGGUGGAUCGAGCCUAUGAGUUCGUUAGGAGUUUGCCAGCCAUGGGGUGCAAACCGGAUGUAUUUUCUUAUAAUAUUUUGUUGAGGGCGUUGUUGGACAGGAGGAAUUGGGAUGACGGGGAGAAGCUAUUAAAAGAGAUGUCAUCCAUGGGUUGCGAGCCACAUACAUUUACCUAUAACAUCUUCGUGAGUUCCUUGUGCCGAGAUGGGAAACUCAACAAGGCAAUCAGCAUGUUGAAGAUUAUGACCGAGAAGGGGUUAACUCCCAAUAAAUUUACCUACGAUCCGUUGAUUUCUGCAUUUUGCAAGGAGGGGCGACUAGAUUUGGCCAUUGAUCUUUUGGACGACAUGAUCUCAAAUGGCUGCUCGCCAGAUAUUGUGAAUUUCAACAACAUUCUUUCUACAAUGUGUAAGAACGGAAAUGCUGAUCUCGCUAUUGAAGUCUUUGAGAAACUCUGUGAAACGUGUGCUCUGGAUGUAAGCGCUUAUAAUUCAAUGAUAAGUGCUUUAUGGAACAAUGGAGAAAGAACAAAGGCUUUGGAUAUGGUUUCUCAAAUGAUAGACCGAGGGAUUGAUCCCAAUAUGAUUACAUAUAAUGCACUGAUAUCUUGUUUAUGCAGAGGUGCAAUGGUGGAUGAGGCUCUGGAGCUGUUAAAAGAUAUGGAAAGUUGUGGUUUUCCACCUUCAGUAAUUGCUUACAAUGGUGUUUUUCUUGGGUUGUGCAAAACUCAUAGAUUUGAUGAGGCAAUUGAUGUGUUUGAAGAAAUGAUUGGAAAGGGGUGUCUGCCAACUGUAACUGCUUAUAUGCGAUUUAUUCAAGGCAUUGGUUCUCAAGGAUGGAGAGUUGAGGCAAUUGAGCUGGCAACAACCCUUUUCCAAAUGAAUGUUAUUUCAAAGAAAUCACUCCUUAGUUUGAAAAUGGCCUUUCCCAUUCUUGAUACUUAGGCAGCUAAAAAAAACCAUUUCGAAGUGUCUGGUUCAACUCUUUUCCAAGUUUGAUUCUAAUCAAGAAGACUAAUAGACUGCUCUCGCUGAAAGUCAAAUUUAAAAUCUUGUAGUUACUAAGUUAACAUCUUGAUCAACU